UCAGGAUUCCUGCUGGACUUCAUCUCUUAUCCUGUAAUAAAAGGCUUCACCUGCGCUGCUGCGGUCACCAUCGGCUUCGGCCAGGUCAAAAACAUUCUGGGAAUCCRGGAUGUCCCCCACCAGUUCUUCCUGGAGGUUUACUACACCUUCCACAAGAUCCCAGAGGCCAGAGUGGGCGACGUGGUCCUGGGCCUGGUUUGUCUCGCUCUGCUGAUCGCACUGAUGUUCAUCAAGUCACAUCCCGCCGUGCUGAAGGUUCUCCUCGCAGCUGAUCUGCAAGGCUUCAAAUACACCGACARCGUGGAAGAGGCGCUGCAGACGGAGUCGGCRAGCCUUCUUGGCGACUAA